CCAGAGAGCGGGGGUAUUUUGGAAACAAUACCGCGCGGGCGGCGGCAGAGGGUGGCCUCCCUGCGCGCGCGCCUGCCGCCUGUGCCCCUUCGCCAGGAUCCCAGCAGCGUUAAAGGGAACCCUCUUUGGGAUUACUGUUAUCAGCUAAAGGCUGUCAUUCUUCUGGGCAACAGGAGAGAUGGAACCUCCUCAUUAUGUUGAAGAGCUGGAGGACGAUGUGUUCCACCCGGAGGAUUCAGAGCCUGGUGCACAGCCAGGGGGCCUGACCUCAGCUGCUCUGUUUGCCCAGAGCCAGCCCGACUAUAUGCUGGAUGGGCUGCAGCUUUUCCCUCUCACCCACUGCUGUGGCCCAGGGCUUCGGUCUGUUGGCCAGGAAGACAAGGCCACUCAGACCCUCAGUCCGGCAUCCCCAAGCCAGGGUGUCAUGCUGCCUUGUGGAGUGACUGAAGAACCCCACCGACUCUUUUAUGGCAAUGCUGGAUACCGACUUCCCCUCCCAGCCAAUUUUCCUGCAAGCUUGAGGCUUGGAGAGGAGCCCCCUCAAGAGCAGUGGGAACAUCGAGCUGAGGUGCAGAUUGCGCGAAAGCUUCAGUGCAUAGCGGACCAGUUCCACAGACUCCACAUGCAGCGGCACCAGCAGAACCGAAACCAUGUGUGGUGGCAGAUCCUCCUCUUCCUUCACAAUUUGGCCUUGAACAGAGAGGAGAACAGGAAUGGGGCAGGCCCUAGGUGAGACGUUGCUGCCCCUCUCUGUGUGUGGACCACAGGGAGAGCUCCACUUCCACUCCUACUCCUGGAGCAGGACAUCGGGCAGAACUCCAGGAAAACUGGCACUGUGUCUUGUGAAGUUUUUUUUAUUAUUAUUAUUUUGAAAAUUUUUUGUUUGUUUCUGGGGUUUUGUUUGUUUUAUUAUCUUUAUGUACAUAAGACCAAUUCAACAAGGGACAUUUGCUCUGCUCCCAGUUAUCUCCCAGGCUGGGGAGCCUUGGUCAAACACUGUUGGAGGAAUGGCUGGUGUAUCUGUGUGGAUGAGACCUUCUGCUGGCUCCUGGCAAAUGGACCUUUGAGGCAGCAGGUGUUGAAGAUGACCAUCAACUAGUCCUUUCUGGGAAGGAUGACAUCUUCCCAAGGAUAGUGCUAACGAAUGAAGAGGGAGUUGGGUUGGACUCCUCCCAGUUCACAAGAACCAGCUCUUCUCCGUGGCUGAUGUUUGGCAUAGAUUCUAAUGCCCAAGCUUGGAGUCUGGGUUUGUGUGAGGAAAAACAAACCAGAUGUGCUGACAUCAGUCCUGUGUUGGUCACCUUACCCGGCUUCUCCCAUGGUCCCCUUUCCAGCAGCUCUUUACUGCAGAUUGUGGCUGUGAAUUCCUUCCCCUCAGAGUGAAGAUAGGUUUGCUGAGCCCAAUACAGAUCAGGACUCGGCGGUAGCAUUGUUCUGACCACUGUCAUUUGAGUGUAAUGGAAAUUUACUCAAGAGGGCUUCCAUCUUGGAUAUACAGCCAUCAAGGACUAAAGGGUUAGCAAGUUCAGCAGUCACUUAAUUGGUUACAAAUCCAGGUUCAACCCUGACCAGUGGCAGCCCCAGAGGAUGUAAUCCCAUGGAGGGCUGCCUCAAGAUCUCUAGCAUCACUCACAAGGACUGUGGAUGGGUGGGUAAGGCCACUCUGGCAUUCCCAGGGAUUGUAUUGGGUCCACAGCUGCAUGAGGCCUGCUAUAGAGUGAACCAAACUUAUAAGCAGGCUCUGGGUCUGGCAGUGACCCAGAACUGAUAAGAACAUUUUCUUCUAGGAACUAGAAGUCACUCAAAAGUAAAUUGACCUUCAUCUUGAAAUAAGCAGAGUGGUCAGUCAGCUUGUUGCAGCAGCUUCCUUAGUAGGAAAAGGGGAGGUGGAGGGCUGGCAGCUUCUCUUUGGAAAGCCACUCUGUGAGCACAGGAGAACCAUGGUUUAAAAUUCUUGGUUAUGUGGGGCACUAGACAAGUAACCAUUUCCCCAUUUAUUGGUGGGAAAGAAGUGUCAGGCCUUGAGGAAGAUGAAAUUUCUGGCUUCUAUGGAAUUCUGCACCAUCCUCCUUUGUACCUAAUGCUAGGUGGGAAAAAACAAGGCAUAAGGAGUACAGGUGGUUAGUGGCUUUUAUCUGCUGAACUAUGGUUUUUGUGUUUUGUUUUGUUUUUUGUGGAACAAAAGAUGGAGCAGA